GGAAGCAGUCAAGCAGCCCAUAUUGCACUCGUAAUCUGCUCACUUCUUUUCUGAGCCAUGGAUAUGCUUCUCUGUUUCGUGGAGAUCUUCUCCAUCCUUUGUUGCUGCAUCAUCUACUACUACCACCUUCAAACCAAGAAAGCAAGUGCUUCGGAGCCGACCGAAUGGCCCGUGCUGGGUCAUCUCUUCGGCAUGUUCGCCAACAUCCACCGCUUCCACGACUGGGCCACCGACAUCCUCGCCGGCGGGUGGCACAACUUCGAGGCUCGCGCGGGGCUCACCGGCAUACGGUUCUUCAUCACCUGCGACCCGUCCAACGUGCGCCACAUCUUCACGUCCAACUUCGCAAACUACCCCAAGGGUGACGAGUACGCCGAGAUCUUCGACGUCCUUGGCAACGGCAUCUUCAACGCCGACGGCGAGUCGUGGCGCAGCCAGAGGGCGAAGGCCCAGAUGCUCAUGGCCGGCGCACGGUUCCGCGCCUUCGCCGCGCGGAGCAGCCGCGACAAGGCGGAGAAGAGCCUCCUGCCGUUGCUCGCGCACGCGGCCGACACGGGAGCGCGCUGCGACCUGCACGACCUGUUCUUGAGGCUGACCUUCGACGUGACCUGCACCCUCGUCUUCGGCGUGGACACCGGCUGCCUGUCGGCCGGCCUGCCGGUGAUCCCCUUCGCACGUGCCAUGGACGACGUGCUGGAAACGCUCUUCCUCCGGCACAUCAUCCCGAUGUCGUGCUGGAAGCUGAUGUACCGGUUGGAGGUCGGGACGGAGAGGAAGAUGGCCGUCGCAAGGAGGACGAUCGACAGGUUCGUCGCCGAGACCAUCGCGAAGCGCAGGGCCGACAUGAUCCGACAAGGCACCAGUAACUCGGACGACUUGCUGUCAUCGUUCAUCAGCCACGACGACGAUGACACGAGCAACGGCAACGACGUCGUCGACGAGACUGAUGAGUUCCUACGUGACACGACGGUGAACCUCCUGCUCGCCGGCCGCGACACGACCGGCGCGGCGCUGUCGUGGUUCUUCUACAUCCUCUCCAAGAACCCGCGCGUCGAGCAGAAGCUCCUGGAAGAGCUGGCGCCCAUCGCUGCCCAGAAGGGCGGCGACGGCGGCGGCAUGGUGAUAUUCGACGCCAGCGAGCUCAAGAACCUGGUGUACCUGCAAGCGGCGCUGUCCGAGUGCCUGAGGCUGUACCCGUCGGUGCCGUUCGAGCACAAGGCGGUGGCCGCCGACGACGUGCUCCCGAGCGGGCACGAGAUGAAGGCCGGAGACAAGGUACUCGUGUUCUCCUACUCCAUGGGCAGGAUGGAAGGCGUGUGGGGCAAGGACUGCACGGAGUUCCUGCCGGAGAGGUGGAUCACCAGCGAAGGGAAGCUGCGGUACGAGCCGUCGUACAAGUUCUUCUCCUUCAACGCCGGCCCGAGGACGUGCCUCGGCAAGGAGCUGGCGUUCGUGCAGCUCAAGACCGUGGCGGCGGCCGUGAUGUGGAACUUCGCCGUGGAGGUGGUGCCGGGGCACGCCGUCGAGCCGAAGCUGUCCAUCAUCCUGCACAUGAAGAAUGGGCUCGCUGUCACGGUCAAGAGGAGGGCCACCAUGGCUAGCUGCUAGCUAGCUCAUGAGUCAUUAGCCAUCAGCCAUGGCUGGUUCCGUUCGUGACGUCCUCGUCAAUGGCCGCAGCAACGUACGUCGUCAGCUAAACUUACAAUGACCUAAUGAUCGUCAUCGUAUACCACAUCAUUUAUGGUACCAGGACUAGAGCUACACGUAGGUGACACGUAUCAGUAUUUCAUCAGUUCGUAUACGUAUGUAAGUGCCAUCAAGUGUGUUUUCCUUUUAAUGGUGUGUGUCCUUUUUUUUUUAUUUAGAAAACGAACUGAGGCAACUGUGCCUCAGAGAUGCUCGGGCCUCUCCUAUGCACUAUGCAUGCUUGCAUAGCUUAUAGCCGUAUAUUGGCUAUGUAUAGGUUGGUGUGUCCCUGUUAGUGAUUAUCUGUUUGUUUCGGUUUUAUGCGGCUUGUUGCUUUGCAUUUUUGCUUCAUGUUCUUAGAAAUUAUAUACGUGUAGGUGGAUAAUGUGCAAGAUAAAGUGUAUCCAUCAUGUAUGUGCCCUUAGACGAUAUCGAUUUGUAAAAUGACCUUCA